GGCAUGGGCAGCGCGGCCGGCCCGCUGCGGGUGCUGGUGGACAUGGAUGGGGUCCUGGCUGAUUUCGAGGGUGCGGUGCUGCGGGGUUUCCGUGACCUCUUCCUGUGGGAGCCACGAGUGGAGCUGGAGGCACGGAGGGGCUUCUCGGUGCGGGAGCAGUACCAGUGCCUGCGGGAGGACCUGGGGGCUAAGGUAGCCAGCGUCUAUGAGUCUCCUGGCUUCUUUCUAGGGUUGGAUCCAAUUCCAGGAGCCCUUGAAGCUAUGCAGGAGAUGAUCCACAUGCAGGACACUGAAGUCUUUAUUUGCACAAGUCCUCUCCGGAAAUACGAGCACUGCAUCGUGGAAAAGUAUGAGUGGGUAGAAAAACAUUUGGGACCCGAGUUUGUAGAGCGGAUUAUUCUAACCCGAGAUAAGACCGUCGUAUCUGCUGACUUGCUGUUUGAUGACAAGGAUACCAUUAGAGGUGCAGAGCUGAACCCGAGCUGGGAGCACAUCCUGUUUACCUGCUGCCACAACAGGCACAUCCAGCUGCAGGCACCGCGCAGGCGGCUGCUGUCCUGGGCCGAUGACUGGAAGGCCAUCUUAGAAAGCAAGCGCAGGCAGUAA